AUGGCACUGCUUCUCUUAAACACCCUCAUUAACCCUUUAAUACUCAUCAUCUUCAUCAUACUAGCCGUCGCCCUCCUAACACUCCUAGAACGAAAAGUACUAGGCUACAUACAACUCCGCAAAGGCCCCAAUGUUGUCGGCCCCUAUGGCCUUCUCCAACCAUUCGCUGACGGUCUCAAACUUCUAAUUAAAGAACCAAUCCGCCCAUCUACCGCCUCCCCACUCUUGUUCCUCUUCACCCCCAUUCUAGCUUUCACCCUGGCCUUAACACUAUGGGCCCCCCUUCCACUUCCCUCCCCACUAGCCGAUUUAAACCUCGGCAUCUUAUUUAUUCUAGCCCUCUCAAGCCUAACAGUUUACUCCAUCCUAGGCUCAGGAUGAGCAUCCAAUUCAAAAUAUGCCCUAAUUGGAGCCUUGCGUGCCGUAGCCCAAACCAUUUCCUACGAAGUAAGUCUUGGCCUGAUUUUACUUAGCACCAUUCUUCUCGCAGGAGGUUUUACCCUACAAACAUUUAACACCGCACAAGAACAAACCUGACUUAUUCUUCCCGCACUACCCCUUGCUGCCAUAUGAUACGUAUCUACCCUAGCCGAGACAAACCGAGCUCCCUUUGACCUAACAGAAGGAGAAUCUGAACUAGUCUCAGGCUUCAACGUAGAAUACGCAGGAGGUCCCUUCGCCCUUUUCUUCUUAGCCGAAUACGCCAACAUUAUCUUAAUAAACACCCUCUCUGCCACACUUUUCCUGGGAACACCCUUUAGCCACACCCUACCAGAACUGACCUCUUUUAACAUUAUAACCAAAACCGCCCUCCUCGUAACAAUUUUUCUUUGAGUCCGGGCUUCCUACCCACGAUUUCGGUACGACCAGCUCAUGCACCUAACCUGAAAAAACUUCCUACCCAUUACCCUCGCCUUCGUCAUCUGGCACCUUUCCUUACCCCUGGCCCUCUCGAGCCUCCCUCCCCAGCUAUAA